AAUCAUUAAACUAUUUUGUAAAACAUUUCGUCGUUGCAAAAAACUCCUUUAGAUACUCAUUUGAGUGGUGGUCGAAGCUCCUCGCUUUAGCCUGCAUGCUGGAGAGUAAGCCCGGGCGAAUAAGACAGGGCCUCGACCUACUCGGCAAAGAAUCUUGGUCUUCGAAUUGCAACUAUUUCAAAGCCAACUUUACUCUUGACUUGCUCAAUUCACAUAGGCAUUAGAUAUCUUGCUACACUUUCUCUUCAAGAGGAUUCUUGCCGUUACUGCCAAGGUUGAGACUUGGUCCCAGCCCAACAGGAGGAGCUCAUCUCUGAGCGCAGAUGGCACCCCGCGAGAAGAAAGGACAAUUGAAACGAGGUCGAGGCGGAGCUUCCGAGGACAAAGACGCAAAGAAACCUCGGCGUUCGACAAGAUUAUCUCAACCUCAAACAACGCCGGUAUCGAAGAAGCAACAACUGCCAUCGCCUAUCACACACCAAGAAUCGUCUUCUAGCGACUUAUACAAAGAGGCCACGAAGACACCUGAGGAGGGUCGUCCGAGUCAGAUUCAUCAUCGAGAAUACAAUGCUCUGAUCGAUUACAAUGGUGUUUCGUCUCCGCCAAACGACACACAGGCCUUCACCCAAGCCAACCUCACAAAUGGUCUUUCGAACGAAGUUGAAGACGAGAUGGAGGAGGGAGUCUGGGGCUACCUACUUCCCCUAGACCAGAAAUAUGGCAAGUCGUUGAUCAUGAAGAAGAGAACCGCUUGCCCUUUACCGGGCUCAAUGGAUCACUUCGGAAGGGAUGGCGGAAGAAGACAAUCCAAGCACGGCAAAGGCAAGGACUUCGAGGCGGAAGAGGAAGCCUAUGAAGAAACGAAGCUUCAGGGAAUCGCUUCAGGGGGCUACUUGAUCGGAAGGCAUCCAGAAUGCGAUCUCAUCAUCGACGAUCCAAUAGUAUCUAACAGACACUGCUUGAUCUUUACCGAAAACAAAGGGGGCGACACCAUUGCAAUGGUCGAGGAUCUUUCAAGCAACGGCACUUUCGUCAAUGAAGGAGUGAUUGGUCGAAACAAGCGGAGAGAACUCAAAGAUGCAGACGAGAUCACAGUCAUGGACAAGGCCAGGUUCAUCUUCAGAUAUCCCAAAAACCGAGACUCGAGUGCAUUUCUCCAGCAGUAUACCCUGCUGGAGAAGCUUGGCAAAGGCCAUUUUGCAGAGGUGUUCCUUUGUAUUGAAAAGGCCUCGGGCCAAAGAUAUGCGGUCAAGAUUUUCUCGAAACAACCUGGUGUUGAAGAACGUUCUAAAACCGAUGGCUUACAACAAGAAAUUGCGGUUUUGAUGGGUGUAAGCCAUCCGAAUAUGUUAUGUCUGAAAGACACAUUCGAUGAACCAAACGCAGUUUAUCUUGUCCUUGAAUUGGCAGCUGAAGGAGAGCUGUUCAAUUGCAUUGUAUUGAAACAGAAAUUGACUGAGCAAGAGACUCGGAAAGUUUUCAUACAGUUAUUCCAGGGGGUAAAGUACCUGCAUGACCGAGGAAUCGUCCAUCGUGAUAUUAAACCAGAAAAUAUCUUGCUCACAGACAAGGAUCUUCAUGUCAAGCUGGCUGAUUUUGGCCUUGCGAAGAUAAUCGGAGAAGAGUCAUUCACCACAACUCUGUGUGGCACACCUAGUUACGUGGCUCCUGAAAUCUUGGAGGAUUCUAGAAAUCGUCGAUACACUCGAGCUGUAGAUAUAUGGUCACUGGGAGUUGUUCUCUACAUCUGCCUCUGUGGAUUCCCCCCUUUCUCUGAUGAGCUAUACUCGAAGGAGAACCCCUAUACUCUUACUCAGCAAAUCAAAACUGGCCGCUUCGACUACCCCUCUCCGUAUUGGGACUCUGUUGGCGACCCAGCGCUGGAUCUUAUCGAUCGUAUGUUAACUGUCGACGUCGACAAAAGGUACACUAUUGAUGACUGCCUUGAACACCCUUGGACUACCCAGCGAAGCUUGAAUCCAAAUGACAGCACAGAUGGCUUGGUUGGAGGUAUCGCCAACCUUGAUUUUAGCAAGCGAAAGAUGGCGCGAGAACGAACCUUACUCAGCAGCAUCAACGAUGUGAAAGUUACCAAAGUCAUUGAAAUUGAUUCCGACAAGGAUCCCGUCAAAGUCUACAUCAAGAAUCCAAACUCGAAGGCCUCGCAAAACAGAGUCAACCAAGAACUUGCUGCGACGGUGAAUGGAAAGACUGGGGGUAAAGGUAAAAAGGGGGCGGCGAAGGAGGAGACACCUUCUCAAAAUCGAGACCCAGCAGAAUUCAUGGGUCUCGGUGGCAAAGGAGAUCAGGAAUUGUUUGGAGAAGAUUCUAUCUACUCCAAGGAGGAGAGUGUGGUAGCUUGAGGUGAUGAGAGAAAUUAAUCAGUACCCAGCUUCUACUCGAGGCCCAACAUCCAUGGGGCAUUUUCUUCAUAUCCUUGUAAUCAUUGUAUCUACAUAUGGCGGCAUGUCUGGAUUGGAUGGGGGACAGGAGAAAAGCGCUGUCGGUAUGGAGUCAUGUUGCCUCAUUAUCAGUUAUUGAAUAGGACGAAAUCAAGAAUGGAACGAAAUUUCCGCAAAUAGUAUGAACAACAACAUCGAUUUCUUUGACAGAACUCGGAUCUAUGUACUUUACAUUUAUGCCGCUUAUAUAUGUAUCGAUUCCCUGAC